GGGAUGGUUCCGGAGAUGCCUUAAGGAUCACCCUGACCGCUCUGGAUGGUUCGGAGAUCGCAUGUUUGUUGCUUGAUCUUCGUCGCCUCCGGCUCAUCGUGAGGGCGUGGUUCGCGGCAGCAGAUAUGGAUGGAUAGCCCGACGCUGCAUCACAGCAGCAGCUACACCGCUUCAUCGGUGUCAGCGCAUCUGUAGCUCUUGGCGACGAGUCCAUGGACGGAAGCAACUCAUCGGCGGCUGCCGCAGGUGAACGAGUGAAUAAAUGAAUGAAUGUGCUGGAGAGAAUGAAAUGCCUCUCUGCAUCUCUGUGUUACGUGCAGGCGGUGGCGGCGGCGGCGGCGGCAUGUCUUCAGCGAACCGUUUGAGCGAGGGACUGAACACGACGGUGAGAUGAGAGUGAGAGGGAGGCUCAGUAAGAAGCUUUCCUGUCUGCCGUUGCUUUGUGUUCAGGUGUCGACUGGUGAUGGGAAGCGGUCACGUGUAGCUAUCGACCCGGCUGCUACCGCUGCUAGUGCCGGUACGUGCGCACACAAAACAUCACCAACACAAUGACGAAUAGAUGUAUGUGAUGCUGUGUUGUGUGUGCCUUCAGGUGGUGUGUCGAGUGGUGCAUUCGGUGCUGGAGCAGCGGCACAGGAGCACACUACUAAGCAAAAGGUGACACAAGAACCGACCACCACCUCUAUCGCGCAUCUUUCCCUCGUGUGUCUGUGCGUGUGUUAGAAGUACGGCCGACCGUGUCUGUCCGGUCUGCCUGAGGGCGUCAUCGGGCAUGUGGGCACCUUCCUUACCACUUUGACGGCCGUCCGGCUGUCGAAGGUCAGCAAGGAGACCCGCGAGAAGGCCAUCGACGACACUUUCGGCGUCUUCCGCCACUUCGCCAUGACGAAAAAAGAGGAGGACAUCUACGGCAAGAUCAAGAAAGUGGAGGAGAUGAAGCACAUGGUGAGUGAGAGAGCUAAGGUGAGUUCUGCCACAUGGAUGGCAUGCUCUAUCGGUGUGUGUGUAUGUGUAUGUGUGUGUGUGUGUGUGUGUGUGUGUGUGUGUAGGGCAAAAUCCGUACGGCGUUUGUGGGCACAGAUGACAGCUCCUGUCUGGUGGAGCUCCUCGAGGCGUCAAGAGCGACACUCGAGGAGCUGACCGUCUGUGGCGGCGAGUACGAUAUGCUGCUCCUCAGUCAGGGCCAUAUCGAGGCCUCCAACUCUCAGGUCGAGUUCCCCAAGCUGACCCGCAUGGACGUCCAGUCCACCGAGUGGCUCGAAUACAUAGGGUAUGUGCAUGCAACACAAGAUGCAUGUAGUGUCUGUCUGUCUGGCGCUCACACGUUUGUCUGUCUGCAGUGUCCGUCGGUGGGCCCUUCCGGCCCUCACGAGUCUCCAGAUCCAUGGUUGCAGUGCGAGCACGCUUGUGCCCCUCCUCAACGCAUCCCCCAAGAUCGAGCAGCUGGAGACCAAGGCCAGGCAUCCCAGCAAGGGCGGCUGCAUCAGCUUGUCCAAGGACACCGGCGAGCUUGUCCCGGCCCACGACGACACGGAGUCCGAGUGGCCGGGGUUCCUCAGUGCCCUCCAGAGCUGCCCCUACCUCACCACCAUCACCGGCAUGUGGCUAUGGAGUGGGGAGAGUGACCGCCUCAAGAGCUCAGAAAUGUACUCGACGCACACUGGACCAACACGCAAAACAAUGGUGAGGCACCGAAGACAUGCGUGUGGUUUGCGUCGAUCAAUUGGUUUGUACCUAUCGGCGACUCAUGCGUGCGCAAGAGGCUGGAGUUUGUGGUGAGUCCUUCGACGGCCGGCGACAACUUGGGGCAGGGGGCUGCGGCCAACGUGCAGGCCUUCCGUAGCUGGGCGGCGGGAGUCAACUGCGAGCUCAAGUGGCGGCCCGUGGGCGACUUCUACGUCGACUGCAGCAGCGACGCCGCAGAAGCCCCUCGUGCGCCCGGCGGCGUCAUGGGAGAUGUCGCAUCAGAGCUGGCGCCCAAGGCCACUGGGGUAAGGCAAGAAAGGACAGAUAAAUGCGGGGAUCCAUGUGUGUGCUCGGCACGGUGUGUGCUCAGGUCGACUUGCGGCUCGGUGGGACGCCUUUGCACUCAUCGUGGAGUGGCGUGCUCAGCUUCCCCAACGCCAAGUGGCUCCGUAUCUCUGUCGAGGAGGGCGCGAGUGUCUCGGCAGCUGUGGGCAGCAUCCCCACGUGCCUCAUCGACGAAACGAGCCGACGGUUGCCGGCUGUGCAGCACCUGCGGAUCCCUCGUGGCCACUGUGAGUGGUCGUCGCUCGCUGACCUGCCGGUGUCCUGUAGCAAGAUGCGCUCGUUUUUGGGCGGGCUGAAGACACUGCAGAGUACGUGUGUUCCCUGCGGGCUGAUGUCGCUUCUGCCUGUAGAGCACCGGUAGCGGGUUAGCGUGGGCAUGGUGUUGUGUGUGAGUGGACGGUGGACGCUCCUGACAUAUGGGAUGACCACUGCCCACACAUACGCCACCUCAAGGGUUUUGACCAGGGGAGCAAGGCACAGCCGGGUCAUUUGACCAGGGGAGCAAGGCACAGCCGGGUCAUUUUGCCAAAGUAGCGAUGGCAUCCCAGCCAGCCAGUAUCAACAUGUUUGCAAAGAUACCUGCGGAUGAGUUGGAUCCGGAUGACGUGCUGACUCACGAAUGAGCUGUCGGCACGUAGAACCCUUGAAGGCACAUUACACAGUCAGGCAAUUUCGGAGCUCUUCGUGGUUUUCGGUAGCAGCCAGACUGGGUGGGCGAGCGGGGCAGGGAUAUGUCGUCUCUAUGUGACGCAGUGUGUGUACAGUGUGUGUGUGUGUGUGUGUGUGUAAUUGGGAGAAGGGGGGCGGUGCUCUUCUGGGUGGUCUCGAUUAGUACUUGUUGAUUGCCACGUGUUGUUCUGUCCGUCGGUCUGUCUCUUUCGAUGGCUCCCCUGCCGUCGUAUCUCCCUUUCCCCAAUGCCUCGGACCCUUACGUCGACCAGAGACAGAGACAGAGACAAAGACAGAGAGGUCGAAUGAGUAGAGGGCGAGGCAAGACAAGAGGUGGAUCUUGGCUGACUCGCACUGGGUGAC